GCGAGAAGAAAGAACCAGAAACGCGAUGGACCAGGCCCCCGCGUUCUCGGAGAUGCUUGAGUUCUUCAACGACUUUCUCGCGGAAGAGCACCCGGAGAUCUCUGCGCCGUCGGAGCACGAAGGCAAAGUUCCAGCCCGCGCUGCCUCCAGCAACCAAGAGGAGUGGCCGAACGGGGGAAACGUCCAUGACAGCGAUGAAGACGGCUGGGAGGAGGGCUACGCGGUUGGAGACGUGGGCGAGGCGGCGGAGAAGGAGUCGCUGGACGAUGGCCAGACCAGCUGCGGCAGUUCGGAUACGACCGACAAGCUGCUGCGCGCCGAGACUCCGGAGAGCGCUCGGGGCUCGAACCGGUACCAGAAGGAGGAGCUCAAGUACCUGAAACAUCGAGCGGAUGAGAACCCUGCCAGCCAGCCUCGCCGCCGCCGAAAGCUCACGACGAACGCGUUCACCAAGGAGAUUCACGCUGAACUCGCGAAAGAAUACCUUCGUAUGGCGCGCGUGAUGCCAAUCACUGGCGUAGCGGAGUUCACAACAGAUUGCCACAGCGUCCGAGUCAAGUCAAAACGCGACCCGACAGCCCCCAAAGGGGACGUGUUACGCGUUGAGAUGCUCGUGGCGAGACGAUUUCCGUUUUCUUUUGAGGCGGUGGCGGGGGUCAUUUGGGCAUUCCUCUCCGACGCCAGCAAUCUCACGAAAAUGGGGGGCAUGCGUUGUGAGGUUGAGACUUCAGAUAACUCGAUGUUCGCGACGACGACGUACUCGUUCCCCGUUGGAGAGCGCUCAGCGGAGAUUAGAUCAACCACUGCUUUCAAGAGGAUCCUCGCGUCUGAUUUUGUGUCGAUGAACUGGAUUUCAGAAGGAGAAGUCCGGGCGAAGCGAGGCACAAAGAGUGCAUUCAAAGUGCUGGAGAAGGGGUGGACGAAGAUUGAGGCACUUCCUGGCCACGAUAGUGGCUGUAUCCUGCGAACGGUGACCCAACUCAACCCAACGAUUAGUGCGGUAGACGACGAAGAUGCUGACAGCGAUCAAUCACGCUCGCCGCUCACUGAUCCAGACGAUGAUGGUACACACUCGGAGGAAAUUGGCGUUCUUUCCGAGCUCAUACUCGGUUCCUACGCCAAGGCGACUGGACGCAUCUAUGCUGAAGUACAGAACGUGCUAAUGCAGCAGAUAUUGAACCAAACGAAGUAA